UUUAAGAGUAAUUGACAGUUUGCAACCCUUAACUUAAGUGCCUUUUUCGAUUUGGUUACUUAUUUAUAAUCUUGGCACUAUGCAACCCAUAUCUUAUAAAUUUUAACCAACCUGCAACCCGCUGUCGAACUCCCGUUGAAAGUUAACAGUCAACCUCGUUUGACCGUUAUGUUUAAUAGCUUUAGAAUAAAACAGUUGAGUCUCGAGAAGACGCAACCAUUUCUCCCCGCCCAACAUCAUCUCCAAAUUCCCCCCUUUUUCUCUAUCGACUGAUUGAAGCAACAAACCCUAGCUGUUGAUCGAGUGAUCGAGUGAGAGUAAAACGACUGUUGAUUCAACACAAUGAGAGGUAGAUUGAGGAUAGAUGGUCGCGUUUUUGGAGAGAACCCUAGCUGGCUUGAAGUUCCAGUUGAGUUCUGGAGCAAGCGACUGCCCGCUGGUAGUGAUGCGCCGGUGAUUCCAGAGCCUAUUCUUGCUCCUGGCGACGAAACCCCAAAAUAUGGAGAGGAUUCAAGAUAUUUUACUAUUAAAGUGCAUUAUGGUGGGAGGUUUGAUGACAAUCUUGAUAGUUAUGUUGGAGGUGAAAUUAGGUAUUUUGAUAUGUGUGAAGUUGUGGAUUUUCGUCUAAUUGAUAUGGAGUCUAUGCUGACAGAGCUGGGGUUAGUGUUAGGAGAAUUUUGCCUUUGGUUUUGUAUUCCUGAUACAGAGUUGUCGAAGGGGAUUAUGCCAAUUGUCAGUGAUGAGGAAGUGGAAUCAAUUAGUGUUUUCACUGCAUAUUCUAGAUGCUUGAACAUAUAUACCACAGAUGAGCCACUUGAUGAAGUUGUAGGUGAUGGUUGGGAUAACUUUUCAUUAACUCAAUUAGCCGAGGAUCAAAGGAUUGAGAGGAUAGAAGAAAUGAGAGAGGAGGUAGGAUAG